AAACUGGCCGCCAAGAAGAAGCGGAGAAAGGAGCGAGAAGCCCUCGGAGACAAAGCACCUCCAAAAGCCAUACCAAAGACUAUUGAAAAUCAGAGAGUGUAUGACGAAACAACUGUAGAUCCCAAUGACGAAGAGGUUGCUUUUGAUGAAGCAACUGAUGAGUUUGCACCAUACUUCAACAGACAGACAGUUCCGAAGAUUCUUAUUACAACAUCAGACAGACCUCGUGGGAGAACAGUGAGAUUCUGUGAACAACUGUCUACCGUUAUACCUAACUCGCAUGUCUACUAUCGAAGAGGACUGGCUUUGAAAAGAAUUAUUCCACAGUGUAUUGCAAGGGACUUCACGGAUUUAAUUGUCAUUAAUGAAGAUCGCAAAAUACCAAAUGGUCUUCUUUUAAGUCAUCUGCCCGAUGGUCCUACUGCUCAUUUUAGAAUGAGUAGCGUCCGUUUGCGUAAAGAAAUAAAGCGAAGAGGGAAAGAGCCCACAGAACACGCACCUGAAGUAAUCCUGAAUAAUUUUACAACACGACUCGGACAUUCUAUCGGUCGCAUGUUUGCUUCACUCUUCCCACAUGAUCCUCAGUUCAUUGGAAGACAAGUAGCUACAUUUCACAACCAGCGAGACUACAUCUUUUUCAGAUUCCACAGAUAUAUCUUCAAGAGUGAAAAGAAAGUGGGAAUUCAAGAACUUGGGCCACGUUUUACGUUAAAGCUGAGGUCUCUUCAAAAAGGAACCUUUGAUUCCAAAUUUGGAGAAUACGAAUGGAUUCAUAAGCGCCGAGAAAUGGACACAAGUAGAAGAAAAUUUCACUUAUAA